AUGGCAAACGGAACAGCACCGACAGCAGAAGUGCCUCCGAAGAUGGUUCACGCCAACGGCACCUCAGCCGGCAAGGCCAAGGGCCGAACACUCCCCGUCUGGACACGCGCCGAAAUCGCACGCCGCAUCUGCACCGGCAGCCAGCUCGUCCUCCGCGACGACACUGUUCUGAAUGUGGCGUCUUGGGCGGCGUACCAUCCCGGUGGAGCACUCGCUCUCGCCCAUUUCGUUGGCCGGGACGGAGCCGACGAGAUCGCAGCCUACCACAGCAAAGGGACGCUGGCCACGAUGGACCGGUUCGCGGUCGCGCGCGUUGAUCCUGCCGACUACACCGAUGUGGAAGGAUGGGUGCCGCUCACGCCGCCCAUUGCUCUCGGACUCGUGUCGCACCCCGACGGCGUCAAGGGCCACUGGGCGCGGGAGGGCCAGAUCCGCCUCGCAACGCAGAUCGUCGACGGCGUCAAGGGUGGCGCAUCCGAUAAGGGUUCCGACGAGGUCAAUGGUGCUCCGAUGGGACUCGAGGUUGUGGAACUCAACCCCUCGAUGAUGGAGCCACUCCCCGUACCGCAUGUCGAGCGCGCACGUGAGCACGCCCGCUCAAAGGCGUACCGCAUCCUCAAAGGAAAGUUGGAGGACAAGGGAUACUUUGAGCGACCGGGACCGCUGAGCGGUUACGGGAGCGACAUUGUGCGCUACCUCCUCCUCGGUGGUGGGGCGGCUUACCUCUUCUUCACAUCCACGGGGUGGGCGGGGAUGAUGGGCAGUGCCGCACUUCUCGGCUUCUGCUGGCAGCAGCUGACCUUCUUGGCGCACGACGCUGGCCAUUCAGGCCUCACGGGCGACUGGUGGACCGACCGCAUGUGGUGCACGCUCGUCGCCAACUGGAUUGGAGGACUGAGCGCCGGAUGGUGGUGCGACAACCACGACAUUCACCACCUGGUGACCAACCACCCAGAACACGACCCGGACAUUCAGCACAUGCCCUUCUUCGCCAUCACGCCCCAGUUCUUCCGCAACCUCUGGAGCACAUACUACAAGCGCGUCGUGGCGUUUGACGCACCCUCCCGAUUCUUGCUCAACUUCCAGCACAGGCUGUACUACAUUGUCCUCUCGCUCGCCCGUUUCAACCUGUACGCCCUCUCGUACGGCUUCCUGCUCCUCAAGGCGCGCCGUAACGCCUUCUUUUAUUUCGAAGUAGCCGGUCUCGCCUUCUACUGGACGUGGUACGGUCUCCUCCUUCGGGCAGUGUCAUCGUUUGGAGGCUGGCGCAUGGCCUUGGCGUACAUGCUCAUCUCACAUAUCUGCGCGAGUCCUGUGCAUGUGCAGAUUGUGCUGAGCCACUUUGCGUGCAGUACCGAAGACCUGGGGCCGAGCGAGAGCUUUGUCUCGCGCCAGCUCCGGACGACGAUGGACGUCGUGUGUGGCGAGAACAUUGAGUGGAUCCACGGUGGGUUGCACCAGCAGGUCACGCACCACCUCUUCCCGCGCCUGCCACGACACCACCAGCGUAAGGCUAGCUUGCUGGUCAAGGAGUUUUGCGAGGAGCAGGGUCUCACGUUUAUUGAGUACGGGUGGAUCCGCGGGAACGCAAUGGUCCUGAGCACACUGCGCGAUGUCGCGAACCAGCUGGCCAUCCUCAAACGCGUCGCGGACAAGGAGGUGGCGGAGAAGAUGCAGUAG